GAGUGUGGUUAGCAAGAUGAACAAAGAUGCGCAGAUGAGAGCAGCAAUUAACCAAAAAUUGAUAGAAACUGGAAAAAGAGAAUGCUUCAAAGAGUUGCUGAGACCUAAAUUAACUGAAUGUGUCUGGAAGGAUCAAUUGAAGGUACACUGUAAAGAGGUAAUUAAAGAAAAAGGACUAGAACACAUUACUGUUGAUGACUUGGUGGCUGAAAUCACCCCAAAAGGCAGAGCCCUGGUACCUGACAGUGUAAAGAAGGAGCUCCUACAAAGAAUAAGAACAUUUCUUACCCGGGCUCGGUGGCUCAGCCUGUAA